AGUACAUUUCUAUUCGAAUUAUUAAUUGAGAAAAAAGAAAUAACAUCCAAUUCGUCGUGUCCAAAGUCAAGAGGCAAGCACCUGGCUGUUGUAUCCUCUGCAACUACACCAACCACCACCUCCAUACCCUCACACGACCACACACAGACUAUCAAACCCUAAAUCUCUCACGCUAACACACGAGAGGACCGGUGAUCAGGUAUGUCGCAGAACAGUGUGGAGCCGGAUUUCGACCUUGGGGACGAGAUCCUGGCGGUGAUACCGACGGAUCCGUACGACCAGCUGGAUCUGGCGCGGAAGAUCACGUCCAUGGCCAUAGCCUCGCGCGUGUCGAAGCUGGAGUCGGAGGUGGCCCACAUGCGACACAAGCUCUUUGAGAAGGACCGCCUCGUCGUGGAGCUCGAGGACAGGGUCUCCCGGCUCGACCACGCUUACCAGGAGUCCCAGUCCAGACUGAAAAUCGCUGUGGAUGAGAAUAUGAAACUUUCGAGGGAACGCGAUUCGUGCGCAAUGACUGCAAAGAAACUUGGCCGUGAUUUGGCAAAGUUGGAACAAUUUAAGAGACAACUGAUGCUGUCCCUGAAUGAUGAUAAUUCAUCCCUAGCUGAAACUGUUGAUAUUGGAACCUGUGACCAAUCAGUUCCCAAGGCAUAUCCUGAUGAGGGUGCAAAUGGCUACAUGGCACAUCAAUCUUUCAGUGGCUCAACAGAUAUUGGAAUUGUAACUGAUGAAGCAUCAAGGCAUGGGGCGCAAAGAUUUUCUAUGACUCCAUAUAUAACACCACGGCUUACACCAACUGGAACUCCAAAAAUUAUUUCCACAAGUGGGUCCCCUCGAGGUUAUUCUGCUGUUGGAUCUCCCCAGAAAACUUCUGGUACAACAUCUCCUGCAAAACUGCCAUAUGAAGGACGGGCUAUGUUGUCUUCAUGGUACCCAUCAAGCCAGCAGUCAUCAGCAGCAAACUCACCUACUCGUGGACGUCCACAGCCAGGGCGCACUCCUCGAAUUGACGGAAAGGAGUUCUUUCGUCAAGCCAGAAGUCGGCUAUCAUACGAACAGUUCAGUGCAUUUCUGGCUAAUAUUAAGGAAUUAAAUGCUCAAAAGCAAAAUCGAGAGGAAACUCUAAGGAAAGCAGAACAGAUAUUUGGGACAGAUAACAAAGACCUUUACCUAUCAUUUCAAGGAUUGCUAAACCGUAACAUACACUAGAAUUCAAAAGUACAUUGCUUGUGAUGGUUUUGAAUAAGUGGUUGUGGACCAAGCUUGUUCCCAGCUGCUUUGAGUGUGCGAUCCAAUUUCUAGAAAUGUGAUAAUCAUCCAUUUUGGCAGCUAUAGUUGAGUGAACAAGUGUACGGUUUUGUAGGCUUUGAUAUUUUUCCCAUUUAAUGCAGGUAUACUAUGUAAAUAAGUGCUUUCGUUUUUGCAUUACCUGCUCAGUUAUCUAAGAGUACUUAUUGACGUUCCCUUAAAAAAGAUUUUAAUUCUCAAAAUUUCUUGUAAAGAGGAAUUCUCUUCAAUGCAUCUUAUAUAACAUCUGUUCUGUCUCUCUCAUCAA